AUGUCGUUGCUGAUUUGUUAUGCAACGGAGACGGGGAAUGCCGAGGAUGUCGGUGAGAUGCUUUGGAGGGAAGCGAGGAGGAGAGGAUGUAAAUCACCGAGAAUGGCAUCCUUUGAGCAAUUGAGUCUGGAAUCACUUGCCUCCGAACGAACGGUGGUUUUUCUGAUCGCAACGUCCGGUCAAGGAGAGUUUCCCACGUCGGCUCGCUCGCUAUGGACGUGUUUCCGGCAGAAAAUUCUACCCAACGAUUACAUGGAUAAGAUGCACUUCUCGGUUGUGGCGCUCGGCGAUUCGUCCUAUCAGAAAUACAACCGAGCCGGACGAUUAUUGAGAGCGCGCUUGGUGCAAUUGGGCGCUCAUCAACUCUGCCCACCGGCCUACUGUGAUGAUCAACACGAGAUCGGAAUCGAUGGAGCGUUUCAACCGUGGAAACACGUGUUUUUCGAGGCUUUGAAGGGUGUUGAGGGAUUUGAGAGAAUCCUCGACUCGAAAGAUCCCGAACUGAGUGAGCGUCCGUUCGUUUCGAAAUUUCGUUUACGUUUCUGCGAUGGGGAGCACAUCGACGAGCCGUCGGGUUCAGCGGAAUAUGUGCGAGUCGAGACGAUUUCCAACGAACGACAAACGUCGAUCGAUCAUUUUCAGGACACCCGCCUCAUCACUUUCAACAUAGGAAACCAUGAAGAGGCGUUGAGAUACCGAUCCGGUGAUGUUUUGAUGAUUCAACCUGAGAAUUUGGAUGAAUCGAUCAAAAUCGCUGUUGAGGCGCUGAAAUUGAGUGAUGAGACCCUCGACCGACCGUUCAAACUUGAGCCAACCGACUCGAAUAUUCGUUUACCGCCUGGAUGGCUGAUUGGGACGACAACCUCGCUUCGAUAUUGCCUUAAACGAGUGCUUGACCUACAGCACAUUCCGAAGAAAUCGUUUUUCGAGAUUCUUUCGCGCAUCUCCAAAGAUGAGGACGAAGCAGAGCGCUUGGCCGAGUUUUGUCAACCAGAGAACUUGGAUCUUUUCCUCGACUACACCCUCAAAACGCGACGAACCGCCGCCGAGGCUUUUCGUGAUUUCUACAGGACCGCCUCGCAACUCUCUCACGAGCAGCUCUUUGACGUUUUACCGCUGAUUCGACCAAGAGCCUUCAGCAUCGCCAGCUCUCCGAUGGCCCAUCCGGGUGUGAUUCAACUUUUGGUGGCCAAGGUCGAAUACAAGCCACCGAUCGCGAAAAUGGCCGAUUUGCGACGGGGACUCUGCAGCUGUCAUUUGACUCGACUUCGACACGGCGAUAUGGUGUUUGUUCGAAUUCGAGAUGGCACUUUUCAUUUCCCUUCACCUGAAACGCCGAUAAUUUGCAUCGGACCGGGCACAGGAGUGGCUCCAUUUCGAAGUGUCAUCAAUGAUCGAUUGAGAAUUCACCCCGACUCGGAAUCGCUUCUCUUUUUCGGAUGUCGUGGCCGUUUCUCCGAUUACUAUUUCGAGAUCGAGUGGACUCAUUUGGAGAAACCGAGGAUUUUUGUGGCGUUCAGUCGAGAUCAAGAGCACAAGAUCUACGUGCAACAUCUCCUCAAAAAGGAAGCAGCUCUCAUUUGGAGAUUGUUACAACAAGGCGCCUACAUUUUCGUGGCGGGCAGUGCUGGUGAGAUGCCGAAUGGAGUGUGCGAAAUGUUGGGAGAAAUCGGGAAAGAGAUUGGUGGUGAAGAGAAUCUUGUGAAAACCCUCGAAACGCAAGGACGUCUUCAAUUCGAAACGUGGAGC